AUGCUAUCUCAAUGCGUGUAUUUAUCAGACCGCGAUGGUAUGUACUUGCGGAACGAGUCCGUUCCGCUCGCUGCCGACGCGAAGUUUUCCGACUUCGCUACGCUGAAUGAUGACGAUUCUUCUGACGAGCUGGUGUUCGCUACUGUUGCCUGGUCAUCAUCGAUGCUGUCCUCGUCUGCAUCUCCUCGGCCUGAUGUGGAAAGAAUCGUCAACCAUGAGAGCAUGCGUGGGAAGUCGAGCGGAUCCCGUGCGCACGAGGGCAUUUCUCUGGAUGACUGUUUCAGGAACUUUGUGAAACCGGAAACGCUAGACCAGUCUAACUUGUGGUACUGCUCCACCUGUAAAGAGCACCGGCAAGCGCGCAAGACCAUGGAGAUGUGGCGUCUGCCGGACGUGCUCGUGCUGUCGCUCAAGCGGUUCGAGUACCGCAACGAGAUCCUGCGCGACAAGCUGGACGUGUACGUGGACUUCCCGCUGGAGGGUCUGGACAUGUCGCCGUACUGCCUCGAGAAGAGCAGUGAGAAGGACCACCUAAGCUACGACCUGUUCGCUGUGAGCAACCACUACGGCAGCAUGGGCUUCGGCCACUACACGGCCUUCGCCAAGAGCUGGAAGGACGGUGAUGGCGAGAUGUUCCCCGGCUGGUACUCUUUCGAUGACAGUCUCGUUACGCCAGCGAUGCCUAGUCAGGUCAAGUCGAACGCAGCCUACAUCCUGUUCUACAAGCGCAAGAACCUCCAGGCCGAGCCAAUGCCCAGCAAAGCGUCGAUCCCCCAGACAAAACAGAGUUAG